UCAAUGGCUUCCCCCUCGUCUCUAUGGGUCUGGGUAGGGCGCUCUAGGAACGAGGCGAGCCGUUUGCUGCCGGAGAAAGGAGCCCCCCUCUCUAUGGUCCUGUGCUUCUCCUCCAGGGAAAGGUGGAGGCGAGUCUGGAGUGGGAUGGCGCCGGAAAGUCUUCCCUGGAGACCCCUCCCUGACUGGGCCUUAGGAAAAGGCCCCUCUUAGGAAAAGCUUAGGGAAAGGUCCCCUCUUUCUUGGACUACGAUUCCCAGAAGGCCCCAGACAACUGUGGCUGGCUGAGGCAUUAGGGGAAUUGUAGUCCCCCCCCAAAAAAAGGGAGCUGGCUUUCAAGCCUUGACUGUCCUCCGGAGGAUGUCCUUGCUCUCCGAUGUCCACUUGGGCCUCCCCUUCCCAGCCUCUCCUCGGCGCAUGGCACUUGUCUCUGGCUCCUACUGCUAUUACCACUAUGGCUGUGACGGUGUGGACGACCGCGGUUGGGGAUGUGGCUACCGGACACUCCAGACAGUAUGUUCCUGGCUGGCGGCAUCGGCUCACCCAAGAGAGACCGAUGACCAUCCGGUCCCUUCCUUGAAGGAGAUCCAGGACUCCCUGGUGGAGAUGGGGGACAAACCCCCUUCGUUUGCUGGCUCUCGGGACUGGAUUGGCACAGUAGAAGCAGCGUUGUGCAUGGACCACUUUUGCGCCGUGCCGGGCAAGCUGAUCCACCUUCCCCGUGGCCAGGACCUGGGAAAGGAGCUGGAGACCUUGUAUGCCCAUUUCCAAGGUGGCGGGGGUCCCGUCAUGAUGGGAGGAGACCGAGACAACUCCUCCAAAGGGCUGUUGGGGGUCUGCUCUGGUCCCAAAGGCCACCACCUUUUGGUACUUGACCCACACUAUUAUGGCAGAGCCGGAUCCCUCGCAAAGGCAGGACUGCAAGCAAAAGGGUGGGUUUGUUGGAGGGAACUUGGCUCCUUCGAAGAGGGCUCCUUCUACAAUCUCUGCUUGCCCCAGUUCUGGACUAAAGGGUCCUCCUUGUGAGAGGGGCCUUGGAGGAACCAGGGAGCAAUUCUUGAAUACAGUGCUAAAGCUAAAAGACAGAAGGGGCUGUAAGAGCCAUUAACACAAAUAAAGGGAGCAUGCUUUGGGAGGAUGAGCACUG